AUGAAGACAAACUUUAAGUUCUCCAACCUUCUGGGAACAGUAUAUUGCCGGGGCAAUCUGCUGUUCAGCCCAGACGGCACCCAUCUGUUUUCGCCUGUCGGCAACCGUGUGACUGUCUUUAAUCUUGUCGAGAACAAGUCUUAUACAUUCCCGUUUGCCCAUCGCAAGAACAUUUCGAGAAUAGGUCUUACCCCGCAGGGUAACCUCCUUCUCUCAAUCGACGAAGAUGGCCAGGCUAUUUUGACAAAUGUACCUCGCCGGGUUGUUCUCUACCACUUCUCCUUCAAGUCUCCUGUCACCGCGCUCGCGUUUUCCCCCUCGGGUAGGCACUUCGUUGUCGGCCUCAAGCGUAAGAUUGAGGUUUGGCAUGUGCCAUCAACGCCUGAUACUAACGAGGAUGGCGACCUCGAAUUCGCCCCUUUCGUGCGCCAUCACACCCACAUGCAGCACUUCGAUGAUGUGCGGCAUCUCGAGUGGUCGAGCGACUCUCGCUUCUUCCUUAGCGCCUCAAAGGAUCUGACUGCGAGGAUAUGGAGUUUGGAUACUGAGGAGGGGUUCGUACCUACUGUUCUGUCCGGUCAUAGGCAGGGCGUUGUGGGCGCUUAUUUCUCCAAGGACCAAGAGACUAUCUAUACUGUCAGCAAGGACGGCGCCGUCUUCGAGUGGAAGUAUGUGGCCAAGCCUGGGCAUGAGGACGAUGAGAUGGUCGACGACGAGGAUAUGCAAUGGCGAAUUGUCAACAAGCACUUUUUCAUGCAGAACGCUGCAACACUUCGAUGUGCUGCUUACCAUGCCGAGUCGAACCUACUUGUCGCCGGGUUUUCGAACGGCAUAUUCGGGCUCUACGAAAUGCCAGACUUCAAUCUUAUCCAUACUCUCAGCAUCUCACAGAAUGAGAUCGACUUUGUGACCAUUAACAAAAGUGGCGAAUGGCUGGCUUUCGGCGCAUCGAAGCUCGGACAGCUGCUCGUGUGGGAGUGGCAGUCGGAGUCGUACAUCUUGAAACAACAGGGUCAUUUUGAUGCUAUGAACAGUCUGGUGUACUCGCCCGACGGUCAGAGGAUUGUUACGGCCGCUGAUGAUGGCAAGAUCAAAGUCUGGGACGUCGAAUCUGGGUUCUGCAUUGUCACUUUCACAGAACAUACCAGCGGCGUAACGGCCUGCGAGUUUGCCAAGAAGGGCAGUGUGUUAUUCACAGCGAGUUUGGAUGGGUCGGUUCGGGCGUGGGAUCUGAUCAGAUACCGGAAUUUCCGAACUUUUACUGCUCCGGAGAGGUUAUCAUUCACAUGCAUGGCGGUCGACCCGAGCGGCGAGGUUAUUGCGGCAGGCUCAAUUGAUUCAUUCGAUAUCCACAUCUGGUCUGUUCAGACAGGUCAACUACUAGAUCGGCUCUCGGGGCAUGAGGGCCCCGUCUCCUCCCUGGCGUUCGCCCCAGAUGGCAGCGUCCUUGUUAGUGGUAGCUGGGACAGGACAGCACGGAUCUGGUCUAUCUUCAGCAGGACACAAACAAGCGAACCCCUGCAACUACAGUCAGAUGUGCUGGACGUUGCUUUCAGGCCGGAUUCCAAACAGAUCGCAAUCUCGACUUUGGAUGGUCAGCUGACGUUCUGGUCUGUCUCAGAGGCCCAGCAAGUCUCGGGAGUGGACGGUCGGCGAGAUGUAUCGGGUGGCCGCCGGAUCACCGAUCGUCGGACAGCAGCAAACGUGGCAGGCACCAAAAACUUCAACACCAUUCGCUACAGCAUGGAUGGCACAUGUCUGUUAGCAGGCGGCAAUAGCAAGUACAUCUGUCUGUACUCGACGACAACCAUGGUGCUCCUCAAGAAGUUCACUGUGAGCGUGAACCUUUCGCUCUCGGGUACGCAAGAGUUCCUCAACAGCAAGCUCAUGACCGAAGCCGGGCCCGUUGGGCUUCUGGAUGACCAAGGAGAGGCAUCAGACCUAGAGGACCGGAUAGACAGGUCACUGCCCGGUUCGAAGAGAGGCGAUCCCGGCGCAAGGAAGAAAUUCCCUGAGGUCCGGGUAAGCGGAGUGGCCUUCUCACCAACGGGUAACUCCUUCUGUGCCGCAUCCACGGAAGGGUUGCUGGUCUAUAGCCUGGACAACACAGUACAGUUCGACCCCUUUGACCUCAAUAUGGAGAUUACCCCCGCUUCGACGCUGGCGGUACUCGAGAAAGAGAAGGAUUAUCUCAAAGCACUGGUCAUGGCCUUCCGGCUCAAUGAGGCCGGACUUAUUACGCGCGUCUACCAAGCUAUCCCUUACACAGAUAUUGGGCUUGUUGUUGAGCAGUUCCCCACCGUCUACGUGCCCCGCCUGCUUCGCUUCGUGGCUGCCCAGACAGAGCAGUCACCACAUAUGGAGUUCUGCCUGCUCUGGAUCAGAGCACUGAUUGAUAAACAUGGCCCAUGGCUGGCAGCCAACCGGGGUAAGGUUGACGUGGAGCUUCGUGUCGUGGCUCGGGCAGUGGCCAAGAUGCGUGACGAGAUCAGGAGGCUUGCAGAUGAGAACGUCUACAUGGUCGACUAUUUACUCAAUCAGGCGAAGAGCAAGAGUAAUAAUCGGGCUGUGGUGGGUGACGCGGAGGAAGAAUGGGGUGGACUAGAUGAUUUUGGAGUCAAGGCUUUGCCGUCGUCCAAGCCGGAGACGACACUAGAUGAUAUUAUGCAAGAUGAUGUGGCAGAGAGUGAAGAGGAAUGGAUUGGGUUAGAAUAG